AUGUCUCUUCUAUCACAUUUGAGCAGACUAUGCUGCUCCAGGUGUUCUUCAAUACCUUCUAGCUCGACGAGACUGUUCUGUUACGCACCACAAGUCGGAAGAACGACGGGAUUCUUGCGAAGUACAGUGAUAAAAUCAAAGCAGGCUUUUAGAAAUGUCAGCGUAGUAGAAACAAAACGAGAGUCAUACAAACUUAAAAAUGCUAGUUGGAAAGAUUUAAAAGCAAUUUUAUCACUUGCUGGACCUUACAAAUGGAGAAUUAUGUUGGGAAUCUCAUUUCUCGGAGUCAGCAGUACCAUUUUCCUUCUGACACCACGAGUUCUUGGAAAACUGAUUGAUGAAUGGGAUGAAACGAAACAAGACAAAAUGGAUCAAACUGACAAAUCAUUGAUUCUCGCCAGAUAUUUCAAAGAGAAUCCAGUAGCACUUGUAGGAGUUUUGAUGCUUGGAGCAUUGGCAAUUGCUGCCAGAAUUUAUUGCAUGCAUACAGCAGGUCAGCUUGUAAUCAACGAUCUGCGCAAAACAGUGUUCAACAGUGUACUUCGUCAAGAUAUGGCAUUUUUCGAUAAAAAUAAAGUUGGAGAGAUUGUUUCUCGACUUUCUACAGAUGCACUUAUUGUUGGAUAUUCUGUUUCAAUGAACUUGAGUGAUGGAGCUAGAGCAUUGCUUACCUGUCUUGGUUCCGGCGGUCUUAUGGUAUACACUUCCCUCGCCAUGUGCAAAGUGAUUGUUGUCGUCGUUCCAGUCAUCGUCGGUACAUUUGCAGUUUUCGGAAAACUACAAAGAAAAUACACACUUAUGAUGCAAGAAGCGGUUGCUGGAGCUAAUCAAGUAGCCACUGAACGUCUUUCAUCAGUUCGAACUGUCAGAAUGUUGGUAGCAGAAAAGAAAGAAUUGGCUGCAUAUUCAGACAAAAUCAACGAUAUUUGGUUGAUUUCAAAGAAAGAAGGAUUCGCAAAAGGAUGCAUGUUUGGAUCGUUCCAAUUUACCGGAUAUUUGUCAUUAUCCUCGAUUCUUUUCUAUGGAAGUAAUCUAAUCAGUCAAGGACUUCUCACUUAUGGAGAACUAUCUUCAUUCUGUCUGUACGCAGUUCUCAGUGCUGGAAGUCUGUCAGCGAUGUCUGGAUUCUAUCUGGAAUUGAUGAAAGGACUUGGUGCAAGUAAUCGACUCUUCGAACUCAAAGAUCGUGAACCAAAGAUUCCAUUGGAAGGAGGAAUUCAGAAAGGAAAUGUACAGGAAGCGAUUCGUUUCGAGCAUGUUGCAUUCGGAUAUGCUGAUCGUGAUCCUCUAUUCCAUAACAUCUCAUUCGAUGUUCCAGCUGGAAAGAUCACUGCAGUUGUUGGAUCUUCAGGAUCUGGAAAAUCAACAAUUGCAUCACUUUUAUUGAGACUUUAUGAUCCAACAAGUGGACGAAUUCUUGUCGAUGGAGUUGAUUUGAAGGAUUUGGAUCCAUCAUACUGGCGAAGACAUAUCGGAACUGUUGGACAGGAACCAGUUCUGUUUUCAACAACUAUCAGAGAUAAUAUCAUUUACGGAAGUACAGAACCUGAUAAAGUAUCUGAAGCAGAGAUUGUGUCAGCUGCAGAUCAAUCGAAUGCUGACGAAUUCAUCAUGAGAUUCCCUCAAAAAUACGAUACGAAAGUUGGCGAACACGGUUCGACAUUGAGUGGAGGACAGAAGCAGAGAAUUGCUAUUGCAAGAGCCCUUGUGAAUAAGCCGAAUAUACUCAUUAUGGACGAGGCGACGUCAGCAUUAGAUGCUUCUUCUGAAUAUCUUGUUAGAAUUGCACUCAAUAAAUUACUUGCCAAUAGUAAACAGACAGUUAUGAUUAUCGCUCAUAGAUUAUCCACAAUCAAACACGCCGAUCAAAUCGUCGUUGUCGAUAAAGGAAGUGUGGCGGAAUGUGGAAGUUAUGAGGAAUUAAUAGCUAUCAAGGAUGGAAUUUUUAGAAAAUUAGUGGAGAAGCAGACGUUUGGAUUCAAGGAUCAAGAUUCAUAUUGA